AUGGAAUCCACCACGCCUUUCAAGGAGAGCUAUGAACUUGGAUACGCUCAAAUCCAACUGCGAAAUCUCACCUUUCCCUUCGCUCGUGACAAAGAACUGGCCGCUGUUGAUUGCCUAGCAGCCAUCUUCAAGGAAAGGUGUGAUCCGGAUGCCAUGGAAAACCAAAUUCCUGUCUUUGUGUCACCAAGUGAGCUUGCUCUUAUACUCACGCAAACACCAGGGAUCGAGUUGGAGACUUUGGCUCAUGGUCAGCCUCCUUUUCCGCGGCUAAAGCCGACUGGAAAUGUGCGUUGUUUACAUGGUAGACAACGUUAUGAAGCAGCCAUGCGGAAUUUCGGACCUGAAAAGUGGUGGAGUGUGCGAAUAUUUCGUAUACCGGAGGGAAGCGAUCCGGAGAUUUUGCUCUUACGUCACAUUGAUCAUAGCUCUCAUCAGAUGAAGCUUUCUGAUGGCGACGUAUUUCGCCAUGUCUUUGCAUGCCGACGAAUGCGCCAGCGUGAAAACGAGAAUUACUGGCACCUGCACUUGUCUAAAGACAAGAAAGGGGCUCUCAAGAGGAUACUGGAAGAUGAAGUAAUGUCUGAACUGUUGUACGAGUUAACGGAUUACCCUGGUCUUCGCAAUGGCUGGCAACUUGGCAACAUAGAUAAGCACUUUGCUGACAGGUGCCCUGAAGAAAUAUACAAUUAUCUGCGCCACAUCAAAGAGACCUGGAGAAAAAUUACCCUGAAUAAUUCGGAUAGCUUACACUCCUAUGCCCGUCCGCAAGCUAUGCCGACAACGAUAAGGUACGGCUUCUCAUGCGAUCUGGAAAGCUUUUCGGCAGCAUUUCAGAUUCUCAUCUACGCGGACAAAUUGAGCAGCAGCUGCUCGGGAUAG